AUGGGCAAGACCAGAUACACAGCGCGCACCAUCCCGCGCAUCUCCCUGCGCGACUUCGCCUCGCGCAUCGACGACAUCACCGCGCAGCUCGUCCACGCCGCCUCCACCGACGGCUUCUUCGCCCUGACCGACACGGGCAUCGCCGUCGCCGAGAUCGAGUCCAUGUUCCGCCGCUCCGAGGCCUUCUUCGCGCUGCCGGCCGCGCAGAAGGCCACGGUGCCGUGGUCGCCGCGCAACGUCGGCUGGGAGCGCAAUGCACAGGUGCGCCCCAGCACCGGCACCGCCGACCUCAAGGAGAGCUACCAGCUGCAGUUCGGCGCCAACAUGCGCGACCCGGACGCCUGGAUCGCCGACGACAUCCUGCCCGGCUUCCAGGCCGACGCCCGCCGCUUCAUGGACCGCUCCCAGCACGUGUCCGAGAUGCUCAUGCUGUGCUUUGCCCGCGGCCUGGGCUUCCCGGAUGACUAUUUUGUGCGCGCGCACGACGUAGCACGCCCGGAGGCCCAGUCGGUGUUGAGGCUGAUCUACUACCCGGAGCAGGAUAGGGAUGCGCCGGCGAGGGAGGGGUACUAUCGUGCAGGUUGGUUUGACGCCCCGCCUACCCCUUGUUGUGUUGUCGCUGCUGAUGGCCAUCGGACACGGAAAGGGCCUCAUGCGGACUGGGAUCUGCUCACCUUGCUGUAUCAGAGACCGGGCCAGAGCGGCCUCGAGAUCUGCCCAGGAAGAGAGUCGGUGACUGAGUUUGCCAUGGGCGACGAGUGGACCAAGGUUGAGUUCGCCCCCGGCGACAUUGUGUGCAACAUCGGUGAUCUCCUGAUGAGCUGGUCCGAUGACAGGUUCAAGUCAACCUUUCAUCGCGUGAAAGCGCCCGAGGAUAAAGAAAAGGAUUACUGGGGUCCGCGAUACAGCAUGGCAUUCUUCAACCAGCCCUGUUGGGAUUGCAAGAUUCAGGGUCCGGAUAAGAAAUACCCAAUGGUGACCGGCGAGGAAUUCAACCGCAAUGCUAUGCAGCGCAACUUUGCCGCGCUCAAGGCGAAAGUAGAGGCGAUGGAGAAGGAGAAAGCUGCAAGUGAUGCCGAGCCGACUGCGUCCGCGAGCAUUUCUGUUGGCGCAUGA